AUGUCAAAUAACAAAUGCGACCUUGCACUCAACCUCAUCGGAUACGAAGAAGAGGUCAACGCCGCGAUGGAGUAUGUGUUUGGAAACACGCUGAUCUGUGAGGACGCUGCCACUGCCAAGAAGGUCACUUUCGACCCUGCUGUUCGUAUGAAGAGUGUCACAUUAGAGGGCGAUGUCUACGACCCUUCGGGUACUCUGUCCGGUGGUAGCUCACCGAAGACAAGUGGUGUACUGGUCACCCUCCAGCAACUGAAUGAGAUCACACGAGAACUCGAUGCAAGACAGGCAACUCUGCAGCAAUUGCAAUCGACCAUGGCGCGAGAGAAGCAGAAGCUCGACGCUGCGAGGAAGUUCAAGCAGAAUUUGGAUCUCAAGAGCCAUGAGAUUUCGCUCGCUGAGCAGCAAAUCAAUGGCAACUCAUCAUCCUCGGUAAGUCGACGAGGGUCCUAG